AUGGCACUGGGCAUAGCUUUGCAUCCAACACCAGAUGACCGACGAGACUCGACGGUGUCGAGCGUCGAUGCGAUGGCGGCCAGCCCGUCGGCGAUGCGCGCUCGAGAGCACAUGGCUAGCAACGGCCUACAUCUGCUCUCCGACGGUCGAGUCUAUGGUCUGACAACCGACGCUCACACGACGCCAAACGGAUACCGCGUAGCCACUCCAGGAGGUCAGCAGCAAGGACUGUUUCAUUCUUAUGACGACAAUGGCGCCCGCUAUCAACAUCAUGAUCAGCUCACCGCUUUCCUGCAAGCGCCGUCCGGCACGUUCGGAAGCCAAGUGCACUCCUAUCAUCGAGCUGCUCAGCUUGGCAAUCAACAAUACAAUUACGUGCAAGAUGCUGCUCAUGCGCAGCCAGUCGGACAAGGUGCUCAGUUUGGCAACGUCUUUCAGCAACAUGGCCAGGAUGUGAAUCAACUCGAAGCGGGCUUGCACACGCCCAUCAACCGCCACCGCGGUAGUCUGCCGGACCCAGCCUACACAGGUGGCAGCAGCGAUAGUCAUCCAUCCCUUGCGACCGACAUGUCUUCCAGACCCUCCACCGAGCCACAGACGCCCGUCUUCAACACUGGCCCCAGACUGUACGGAUAUGGCCCGAAUGAAGAGGAAUCGGAUCGCCACUCGAGCGAUGCUGGUCACUCUGCGCUCACCAACGACUCUACGCUGACUCAAGCCUUCAACGCCGCCUCGCUAGGCAUCUCAAGCAGCUUGUUGACUCCGAACUAUCUAGAGACCGACAAGACCAGCAGCACUUUUCCACCACCGUACGCGCCAGACAUUCAGAAUACUCAGCGAGGUCAAACGCAAAACGAACCACCACUUCUUCGUUUGCACUAG